AUGGCUGAGGAUCCCUCUCAGGUUCCUGAAGGCGGCUACCUCAUCGUCUUGCAGAGCAACAAGACUUGCGCCAAAGCCUCGAAGCCCGUGUGCCCCCCGAACUUGCAGAAGCCCUCCGCUUUGGAGAUCCCGGAUCAUGAUUGGCAAACCUUCACGGAGAAGAUGAAGGCCGCAUGCGAGAAGACCUGGCACCCCUGGAAGCUUCCCUUGCUGCUCUUCCUUGCCUUCGUCUUGGGGGGAAUCUUUCUGGCGCUCGUCCUUAUGCUUGGGGUGGGGGCUAACCCCUGCCCCAGUUACCGUCGUUUCAGCUGCGCGCAAGAUUCCAGCCUCUACGUCGCGUUUGUACCUGGCGGCGUCCUGAUCCUGAUUGGGUUCUGCAGCUACUGCAUUCUUCCCCUGUACCUGAAUGGAAAGAACCGGGAACACGACAUGGAGAUCCUUGCCGCGUGCGAGGAGCUGACCUCAAAGUGCGAAGGGAAGUACAAGGUGCGGUACUUGGCCAAGAACCUGGACCAAGUGAUGGCAGAGGACAAGCAGCUGCGCCUCAUCAGCAUCGGCCCGGCGGACCCUCAGGCGGACCCUGAGGCCCAGCAGCUGGGAAAGAGCGCGGAAGAAGGAGAGAACGCCGAGGUCAUUGUGGGCUCCGUGGUGGAAGACAACAACCACACUUGA